CACGCCCUCUCGUCUCCUUGCGGCCUCCUCGUCAACCCAGUCUCUCGUUUUUUUUUCACAGAUCCUCAGGCGAUUGCGAAUUAAUAUUGAAACACCGUUCUGUAAUACUAAUCAGUCACGAUGUUGUCCCCGAAAGCCGCCGCUCUCUUCAACUUGGUCCUCCUGGCCUCCGCGGCCCCCGGAAAACGCCAGUCCACCGGCUCUGGAUCCUGCACCGACCUGCACAUCUUCCUCGCCCGUGGGUGGAACGAGGGUUACCCCGGCCGCCAGCAGCUCGUUAUCGACGCCACCUGCAACGGCCUUUCCAGCUGCGACUACGAGGACAUCCUGUUCGAUGCGUCCAACCCCCAGGGCUACCCUAAUGCGGUUGAACAGGGCCGAGCCUCUGGUGUCUCCCAGAUCAAGGCGUACGCCGAGAAAUGCCCCAACUCCAAGAUCGCUCUGAGCGGCUACAGUGAGGGUGCCAACGUGGUUGGAAACAUCCUCGCCGAUUCCGGGCUGAGCGCCACCGCCGCCCCUGGAACCCAAGUCUGCGCCGCCCUCCUCUUCGGCGACCCGACGCACAUCGCCGACCAGAGCUACAACGUCGAGGCCGGCUCCGGCUACAGCGGCUCGAUGGCCCGAUCCCGCUCGUCGCUCGACAACCUGAACAACUUCGCCGGCGUCCUGCGCUCCUGGUGCAACGGCGAGGACACCGUCUGCGCGUCCGGCGAGGGCCGCACCAUGGGCGAGGACGCACACACCAACUACUUCCAGCUCUACACCAACGCCGCCGCCGCCUACAUCAAGGAGAAGUGCGUCUCAUCCUCCUCGCCCCCUGCGCCCACGGCGACCGCCACCUCCGGCGCGCCGGCGCCCACCUCGACGGCGGGCUCCGUUUGCGUCUCCGGCAAGGUCGCGACCGGCUUGUCGGACAACUACAGCGGCCUCUGCGGCUUCGCGUGCUCCAACGGGUACUGCCCCGACGGCGUCUGCGAGUGCUCUGCCUUUGGCGCGCCCACGACGGGCCCCAGCGGCGACGGCCGGGACGGAUGCCCCGCCGACGGUCUGGAUGAGAGCUACAAGGGGCUUUGCAGCUUCAGCUGUAGCCGCAACUACUGCCCGCCCGGAGCCUGCAAGUAUUGUUAAGCCAUUGCAGGCUUUGGGGGAGUUCGCAUCUUGGAGGAAGGACCUGCGGGCUAAUUACAGGCCUCGAAAAGGAGCCAGCCCAUUGAGGCAUUUGUAAUACAAUCCCUUAUUUUGAAGAGCGAGUUGUCUCCUAGAUCGAUAAUGUGUUUUGUGAAGCUGAGGUUUCCUAUGGCAUGUCGGCGAGAAAUCCGAGCCGAUAUUUCGCUUCUACAGUAAUCACGGGGGUUCUUUUUUUUUUUUUUUUUUUUGGGGGGGGGGGGGUUGGAGGUUGGCUUAGACGGUGACUGCUUGACUGCUUGACUGCUUGACUGAAGGCAUAUUCCGUAGUCUGGCCUGGAACAUCAUGCGGCCGGUGAGAUUCGUGAGACCUAGAAUCAGUUGUGACGGGAAUCGCACGGGGCCGGAGAUCGGCCUGUGUUGUGUGAUCUUACCGAAUUUCAUCAUGACGUCCACCUCAAUCCGACCGCGAAUGCUCCGUGUCACUCCUCCGGGUGCAUCCGCCGAUCUGACCGCUCUUCACUGCCAUGAGGGACGUCUGCACACAGACUGGAAGUGGUCAUUAUGACAACUCGGGACGAGCACGGAGCUCCCGAUGAUCGGGCGGGAGCGCAAGACGGGCCUGCCAAGGCACGGAACCCUUAUGUGGAUCGCGGAUGGGCACGCAGUAGAGGAGACGACGAGGUAAAAGUGACGCGCGGGAGUAAUUCCGAUCUUUUGGCUGGUCAUGUCAUCUUCCAGGUUCCCGGUAGGUUCCCGGUGACUCUUCCGGCCCCCAAAACGAUUGCCGGGGAGGGAGGGGGAUCUUGAGCGAAGGUUUGUUCCGGCACGGAGUUUCGGUGCGUUGCGCUUUGCUGUGUAGAACACAGGGCACCGGAGGCCGACAUGUUCUACCAGUUAAGGACUGAUGAGUGCCUGUGGGUUGGUUGGCUAACGGCGGUUGUGUUCCGCCUUCCACCUGUCUGGGAACAUGUUCUCUCUCUCUCUCUCCCUCUCUCUUCCUCAUUCCUAU